AUGUCAAUGACUGACUCUCUAUCUAUCUAUCUAUCUAUCUAUCUAUCGUCUUGCAAAGCUAUCAAAACCUAUCUAUCUAUCUAUCUAUCUAUCUAUCUAUCUAUCUAUCUAUCUAUCUAUCUAUUAGCAUUUCUCUAUCUUCUACCCUAUUCUUCUGGCUCUUUUUAUCUAUCUAUAUUAACAGCUCUCACCCUCUCCUACCUUUCUAUUUCGCACUGCAUUUCCUUCUCCUUCUCUCCCUCUAAUUUGUCCUCUCUCUCUCUCUCUUUGUCUCUAUUGUAUCUAUCUAUCUAUCUAUCUAUCUAUCUAUCUAUCUAUGCAUUCUAUCUAUCUAUGUAUUCUAUCUAUCUAUCAUCUCUCUCUCCCUCUCCUGUUUCUCUUAAUCUAUCUAUCUAUCUAUCUAUCUAUCUAUCUAUCUAUCUAUCUAUCUAUCUAUCUAUCUAUCUAUCUAUUUAUCACAUUUACACAUUCGCCAUCUCCCUCUGCCUUUCUCUUACUCUCUCUCUCUCUCUCUCUCUCUAUCUAUCUAUCUAUCUACUUAGCAGACUAACUAUGCAUUGUCGGUUGAACUUAAUAAAACUUUAUCUAUCUAUCUAUCUAUCUAUCUAUCUAUCUAUCUAUCUAUCUAUUUGUCGCAUACCGUUCCAGAUUAAAUAUUUUAAAUCUAUCUAUCUAUCUAUCUAA